CAGGCCAUAACACGAAUUGCAAAAUGACCACUCAUGUUACUGGUGCUCGUAUGAUCACCUUGUUCGUGCUCUUCGGGUACUCAUCGGGAAGCUUCCGAAAGGCUAUACUGGACAAACACAAUCUGCACCGUGGAAACGCUGGAUUGCCUUUGCUCACAUGGAACUUCGCUCUAGCAACCGCUGCGCAGGCUCACACGGAUAUCCUUACCCAAAGCGGCUGUCAUCUCAAACAUUCCACGGGAGAUUUCAGAUCACUCGGCCAAGGUGAAAACCUGUGGAUGACAAGUCAAAAGGGAUUGACUGCUUACAAGCUUGGUUUUAGUGCCGCCAAGGGUUGGUACGGAGAAAUAGACCGCUACAAGUACCCCAAGAACCCAACUGAUUCUUGGAGUUCGUGUGUCGAUUGGAAAAAAGUCGGACACUUCACACAGAUGAUGUGGUCCACUACCACUAAAAUAGGCUGUGGCAGAGGCACCUGCUCCAAUGGCAAAACUAUCGUCACAUGUCACUAUCUAGCGCAUGGGAAUAUUAAUGGCCAGCCUCUCUUCGGCAUAGACAACUACAAGCAGCUGAUUGCUAGCGGAGAAAAACUGGCCAGAUGCGGCUGAAUUUCGACAAUGAAGAAACGGCACUGAAGAACUCAUUUUGGAUCAUUUUGCGGCAAAAUAUAUGCUGAAAAGAGAAAAAGAGAAAUUGAUGUUGCAAAAAUAGAAGAAACAGUACCUUCGAGGUUAUUUCAGA